AUACCCUCUGUGUUACGUGAAGGCGCCACACUCCACUAACAGUGGUUUAUCAAGACUUCUCAUUAUUUUGUGACACCGACUCGUCCGUCACCUGACUCAUCUGAACAAACUGUUUGGAUUCAUGACGAUCCGUUAAGUGGGAAGACGUAAACUCACAUUGACCCCCACAAGACCGAGAUUAACAGAACCUGCAGUACUUGGUUUUCACCGGGGCAUAUACUUGUUCCUUGGGAGGUGUUUGACUCUGACAUUUGCCUUGUGUGGCUCAGCUUUGGUCUGAUUUUGUUUGUGCUUUGGCUGGGGUGAAGGACGCCGAUGGCUCUCAUGGAUAAGCAUAAAGUCAAGCGACAGAGGCUUGACCGCAUUUGUGAAGGCAUUCGCCCCCCGAUUUUGAAUGGGCCGAUGCACCCGCGCCCCCUAGUGGCACUGUUGGAUGGUCGCGACUGCACCGUGGAGAUGCCUGUCCUGAAGGACGUGGCCACGGUGGCCUUCUGUGAUGCCCAGUCCACCCAGGAGAUCCACGAGAAGGUGCUGAAUGAAGCAGUGGGCGCCCUGAUGUACCACACCAUCACUCUCUCGCGGGACGACCUCGACAAGUUCAAGGGCCUGCGGAUCAUCGUGCGAAUAGGCAGUGGCUUUGACAAUGUGGACAUCAAGGCCGCGGCUGAACUAGGUAUAGCUGUGUGUAAUGUGCCUGCCACUUCAGUGGAGGAGACAGCGGACACCUCCAUGUGUCUGAUCCUGAACCUUUACCGCCGCGUCACCUGGAUGCACCAGGCUAUGAGAGAGGGCACCAGGGCUUCCAGCGUGGAGCAGAUCAGGGAGGUGGCCAGCGGCGCUGCCCGCAUCCGGGGAGAGACGCUGGGCAUCAUUGGCCUGGGGCGAGUGGGCCAGGCUGUAGCGCUGCGGGCCAAGGCCUUUGGCUUCAGUGUGAUAUUCUACGACCCCUACCUGCCAGACGGAGUGGAACGCUCUCUGGGCCUGCAGAGAAUGGCCACCCUGCAGGACCUUCUCAUCCACUCUGAUUGUGUGUCACUGCACUGCAGCCUCAACGAGCACAACCAUCACCUCAUCAACGACUUCACCAUUAAACAGAUGCGCCAGGGGGCGUUUUUGGUGAACACGGCGCGAGGGGGCCUGGUGGAUGAGAAGGCCCUGGCCCAGGCACUGAAAGAGGGAAGGAUACGGGGUGCGGCCUUGGACGUACAUGAGACGGAGCCCUUCAGCUUCUCUCAGGGCCCACUGAAGGACGCUCCCAAUCUGAUUUGCACCCCCCACACAUCCUGGUACAGUGAGCAGGCGUCCCUUGAGGCUCGGGAGGAGGCAGCUAGAGAAGUGCGCCGGGCCAUCACAGGCCGCAUCCCUGACAGUCUGAAGAACUGUGUGAACAAGGAGUAUCUGAUGGCAACACCCCAGUGGCCUGGUGUGGACCAUGGGGCCGUGCACUCAGAACAGAACGGAGCUGCAGCUUACAGGUUCCCUACUGGCCUAGUGGGAGUGACAGCAGGAGGCCUGACAGGGGCAGGUGCUGCAGUGGAGGGAAUUGUUGCAGGAAACCUGGCUAUGGCACAUGGGAUUGCCCCCAUGUCCCGACCCCCCCACACCCCAUCGCCGGGGCAACCCUCUAAAGCAGAAACAGACAGAGACAUGCCAACGGACCAGUAGCCCCCACCCCAACCCCCAACUGUCCCCAAUCCCCCUCUUGUCCACAACAUUCCGUUGUCACCCUUCAUGUUCAUUCAAGCUUAUAGACAGACACUGGUAUUGAGGUCCAUUCUGACCUGGCUUUGGUCCCGUCCUACAGAACAGAAUCGUUCAGGAGGGACAGAAUCCUCGACUCCCUCCACACAUCCUGUUUUCGCUCAUCCAGAAUGCAAUAAGUGGAUUACUCAAGGAUUUUAUUUUUCUUCCAGUUUGCUUUUAAACCCCACUGUGUCUGACGUUCAUGUGGCUCAGUGGUUUUGUAAAUUAGUCCUUUGUGGGAGACCUGUUAUUUGCUUUUGUUAUCUCUUUUGCUGUUUGACAUGUUAUAAAGUGAGGCAUAAGUCUGGAACGGUAUUGAAGAUGAUCCCCCCCACUACUAUUUGUUCACAAACCUUACAAAGGAUUUUCUAAUGUCGGACUCUACAUUUAGUCAUCACAAUAAAAGUGUGGCUGUGA